UGUGAGCUUUCUCCACUUCCUGUGCACCUGGCAUUCUGCACAUCUAAGCUUGCUUGCAAUCCUGUAUAAUUUUCUAAACCAAACUUUAAAGAAUAAGAUAAAAUUUCACAGAACAAACAUCCUGAUUUUUUUUUAAUUCUCCUGGUGCUGUGUAUAUACCAAACCAGAUACCCUUCAGCAUGUCUUAUUUAUUAGCAACAAAUGAUAGCACAACAGAAACACUAAAAAAAAAAAAUAUUUUGGGGAAGGAAGAACGUAGGUGUUUGUUGUCAGUGUUUCCUGCCUUUAAUGGGCUUUUAAAGACCAGCUGAAGCUAAGUAUAUGAUUGGCUAUAAAUCAGUCAUUAAGUAAUGGUAAUUAAGAAUGAAUGACUGCAAAACAAAGAGUUGCAACUAGGAGGAAUGGAAAGAAAUACAGACUGAAUGUCAGGAAAAACAUCCUUAGAAUGACAUCUGCUAAACCAUGGAGCGGCCUUCCCAGGAAAAAGGUGGGAUACCCUUCACUGGGAUUGUUUAUAUCCUGACUGUACAGAUUGCCAUGAAAUGGUCUUGUAUUGGCCCUGAGGAAACGGACUAAAUGACCUAAUGAGUUUUUUCUUUCCAUUUUUAAGCAUUAGGAUUUGAUGCCUUUAUGACUAAUGCCGUAAAACAACACGGAGGAAAGCAGUAAGCCUGGCCAAUUACUCUCCUGCUAUAAAUGGUGACAAGAAGGCUGGAAAACCUCCCAGAUAAAAACAGCGAUUGUGUUGUCUUAGAGGCCUUGCAAUGAGAGUGGGUGUUAAACUCAGUUGUAACACAUAAUCACAUCAUGGAAAUAAGCUUUUCUCAGAGUUAUCAUGCACUACUGCAUUGUGACAGCUUAUCAACAGGAGAGGGAAGCUACAAAUAGCAUAAAAGGAGGUAUAUUCUUUUAUAAUGGACAUCCAGUAAGACAAGUGGAUGUUGUCGGGACAGUGGUUCAAACGAAGGAGAGAGAUGCCUUUUAUAAUUAUGGAGUGGAUGAUAGUACUGGAGUUAUAAAUUGUAUCUGCUGGAAAAAUCCCAUGGUAGGAGAAACACCUUUAUCAGGUCAUCCAAGCACACCCAGCAGUCUUAUUGUGUUUGAACAGAUGAAGAAACUCCAAGAAACAGUGAGCCAGAAAACCAAGCUGGAGAUCGGGGAUGUUGUCAGGGUCAGAGGUCACAUCCGAACCUAUAGGCAACAAAGAGAAAUUCAGGCUUCAAGUUUCUAUAAAGUGGAUGAUCCUUUGUAUGAUGUUCAGAUUUCAAGAAUGCUGGAGCUCCCCUGUCUCUAUAGAGAAGUUUAUGAUAAACCUUUCCAAGGCCCUGAGGAAGGACAGAGUGGCCUGGAGGGUCAGAAUUUCUCAAUCCAUAUGCUGCAUGAGAAAGUGCAAGGCUUUCUAUUAGAAAACAAAAUUCAGACCUUUUACCAGCAGGAGCUGGAAACAAUUGAUACUCUGGUGUCACUGGUGGAUGUGCAUCUACCCAGUCCCAGCUGUCAGGAGGUGAAGUCAAAAGGUAACUCCAGUUCCAAAAGGAUUCACAAUGUUUUUAAGGAAGCAAUAAAGAUGCUACAAGAAAAAGGAGUGGUUUUCCAGAAACCUGGUAGCUCCAAGGACUUAUACCACGUGACUGACCAUGAUAAGGAACUGCUUAAAGUGACCCUUGAUGUGAUUAAAGAAGACUGUCGAAAACCCAGGCAUGCUGAAAAAGGCUGCCAUUUCCUUCAUGUCCUAAAUUGUGUUCGGCAAAGCUACAACCCCUCCUUGGCUGAAGUGGUGAUGCACCGUGUCUUGGAACUGCUGGAGAGUAACAGUGAUGUUGUCAGCACUAUGGAAGGAUAUUAUAUGGCAUUUUAAAGAGAAAAGACAGGAUACAUUCAUUCUGGUCCAUUCAGGAGGAGAGAAGAAGGAGACGUUGAGUGACUCCAAAAAGCUUUUAUUAGCUGAUAUGAUCUAGAUAGGGGAUAAAAAAGAGCCUUCUGAUUCUCCAAAUGCUGGUUUUGUCCAGCUUCAGAGAAGUUGUUUAAAUACUUGUUUUAAUAUUCUUGUUGACUUCCUUGCUAUUCCUAGUGAGAGCUGUAUCAGACUGAUUCUGGACAUUCUAAUACAGCAGGGGAACUGGAAAAGAAACUGGGCUCUUUCCUUGGAGUAAGAUGAGACAUUGGCCAUCCUCAUAUUUACAUCUGGUGGGCUGUAAAGAAAAGUCACUGCUAAAGAGCA